ACAUUCAAAUCAACAAGAUAAGACCACCGACAAAGAUAAGGGGAGUCUGUACAUUUCCUAGAUAAAUUGAUUAAAUGUGAUGAAUUGUUAAUAAGUCGUAACUGAAACUUACGAGUGAUUGGUUGUACAGUACAUACAAUGAAAAAAUACAUUUUAAUACUUUUCCUGCAAGUGGCGCUGGCCGCGAACGAAGCAUAUUACACCAAAAUUCAUAUUUCUCCAGCAAAGAAAUGUUUGAUUCUCGAAGAGCCUAAUCGACGAACGUUUAAAGGUCUUCAUUCAUCUGACAGCAACGGACUGCAAGUUCUUAGAAAACCAGCGGUAUCGGUACCGUCUGACGUGUCUGAAAACAGCCAAGAUGAAUCCGAAAUAAUUGAAAUUUUCGCAAGGGAGUUGAUCCUUUUGGAAACGUACGUCGAUACGAUUUGCAGAAUAAAAGAAUCUGUUCGUUCGCUUUCACGACACGGCCAAAUCAUGGACGAACUAGAAAUUUUAAAGAUUGUCGAUGGAGGUGAUCCGGCUAAUCGAAUCGACGUCGUUUUUAUGGGAGAUGGGUAUACACUGGAUGAACGCGAUCAAUUUUUUGACGACAUUCGUCGACUGACAAUUGAUAUGUUCAACGGAGAUACUUUUCGGUCGUAUCUUCCUCUGUUCAAUAUUUGGGCUGUGUAUGUUGAAAGUAAUUCAAGUGGAAUUGGUUAUAAUGGUGCAAACGAUACACCAUUUCGACUUUAUAGAGAAGCUGGACAAUUAAGAGCAAUUUACACAGCUAAUGCUCAGUAUGCCCGACAGGUUUGCCAAUCUAUGGGACCUGGCGGGUGUGAUUAUCCAUCCCUAAUUGGAAACGAUGAUUACUACGGUGGACUCGGUGGUGAAUUUGUUAUAUCAACGAAAUCAGACCGUACCGGAACAGUUGUGUUGAGACACGAAAUGGGACAUUCAUUCAUAAAUGUUGGUGAUGAAUAUGAUAACGGGCCAACGUAUUAUGGAGUAAAUUCGGCUCCCAGUCUUAAUGCAGUCGAUACUACAUGGGGGCAUUGGUUGAAUAGCGAGAGUCUAAGGGUGGAACGAGUAACUUACAGGCUACUGGAAUAUCCAUGGGCAGAUCUCAGUGACGGCGAGCAAUCGUUCACAUUUGUUUCUGAUGGACAAUAUUCUAGAUGGUACCUUCUGUUGUCUGUCAGUGCUGCAGGUGAAGAAGACUCUCUAGAAUUUCUGCUAGAUGGCGAAGCAUUACCUUGGGCAUCGAGAGGAUCAGAUGAUAGAGAGUUCUACGAUUGGUAUGGUAGCGAAGGCUUUCCCGCAGGAAACCACUCAUUCUCCGUUCGUUCGAAAACGGCAUCAACAAAUCCCGAUAUACCACGAAUGAUCUGUUCCGUUCAACUUCAUGAAUUCGGAAACGAAGAUGAAUUCACAAUGGACAAUGACCACAUAUCUGCUUAUCCCAUUUGGGAUGAAAGAAGACGUGUGACCUACCGGCCGACUAAUGCUGGAUGUUUAAUGCGGAACAUGACAACCAACCAAUUUUGUUCUGUGUGUAAAGAGGGGAUGUGGCAUCAAUUUUUACGUAGAAUCUCGCUCAUAGAUGAUGUAGAAGUGAGUAAAGUUCCCAUUGGUGAUACCAAACGAGUAGAUCUGCACACACUGAAAUUGGGUCAAUUGAGGGAAAGUGGAAAUGAGGUUGCAGACGAACGUCUUGAAGUACGUUGGUCACAUAAUGGCCAAGAACAACCACAACUCAAUAAUCAGUUUGAAAUUGAUGCUAAAGUUGGUACGUGGUCCGUGAAUGUACAACUAAUAUCUAAUGAAGUCAGGAAUGAUCCAAAUGCUCUGCUUCAAGAUACGUCGCACUUUACAGUUACAUUACCCGCAAAUUCUACGAUUCCUCAGUAGAACAGUUGCUCAGAUGUGUGAAGCCAACAAUAAAGAUUUUUUUUAUAUUUUCGUUUAAUGAUUCCUUAAAACUAUACACAAACAGCUGAUCUUACCUGAUUUAGAAUUUUCUUAUUCACCACAUUUCCUUGCUUAGUCAAACCACCAUUCGGAUUGUUCGACGAUGUGUUAAAACUUAAAUUUAUUUUAUUAUCUAAAAACACAGAACGACGAUGCCGUUUUAACAAUUUAUCGUCCGGCUUAAGAAAACCAUCCAUAUCGGAUGCAAUGAAUUUCUCUUUGUAGCCCAAGCACUUUUAGUGGUUUAACGUUAGCACACACAAGACGUAUUAAUUGGAAUUGAAAAGAAUGUCCUCACAGCCUGUGCCUUUUAUAAAGUCACAAUCGGCGUAAUGACUUAAUCAAUAAACGGGUGGUGAAGAAAAUUAAAAAUUGA